ACCUUUGAACCAAGAUUAUCGCUAAACAACGAUAAUGCUGCUCGAGUUCCCUGCCGAGCUUCAGGUUCGGAUUCUGUCCAAUCUUCCUGCUCCGGAUAUUUCAACCGUCUCCCAGGUCAAUCAGAGUUUUCAUAAACUCUGCCAGGAAGAAACUAUUUGGCUGAAUCUGGCCUGGAAAGAUUUUAAAGUGAAGUUAAAAACCACGGAAGAGUUUUCUCCGCGGAUUUUCUACCAGUCCGUGCUCUACCCCUAUCGGAAAGCUCUCGGUCUAUGGCAGAGACAGAAUCUAAAAUAUUACAGUAGUAUCAUGAAGGUUUCGGUGAGGUCUGAUCAUCUAUUGUUUGAGGAAAUGAUUCCUCCAGUAGAACUCAGAGAGCAGUUUACAUUUCUACCCUUUCUCCAGGUUUAUAGGAACAGGUUGGAUCAGACGAUUAAAGUUAAAAACCUGAGUAAAAUUGCUUUAUCAAACCAAGUAAAGAUUAUUAAACCCGUAUCAGGGGGAGAUAAUCUUACUGUAAUUAUAUCAAAUAUUGAGGAUCAUACAAUGAAUCCCAGUGAUUGGAGACAAGUAAUGCUAGACUUUAUCAGUAUAGUGGCGGGAGGAGUAGAGAUCAAUGAUCUUCUUCUGAUGAGAUUCGUCCAAACUUAUCAUUCUCGAGCUCUUUACUCCUACUCUAAACUUAACCUCUCCUGGCCGGAGAUCCCGUUGCCAAUCCGUCCUGGAAUUUUUGUUGGAUCUUACGGACCCCACGGAGUCGAGGUGAUUAAUCUAACCAGGGAUUCAUCCCGACCUGGAACCUGCGGAGUCAAGGUUACAGGAGAUCCUAAUGUUCCCUUCGGACAGGUUUCAUUUCAUAUUGGAUCCGGAGAGCAAUGUUUGAGGAUACCGAGGGAGGACCAGGAGAACUUACCCAACCUGGUCUCGUUCCUGGAGAACCCAACCUUCGUUCAGUAUCAGGAUAACCUUGAAAUAGACUUCUUUACUCCAGCUGGUUGUGCUGAGAGAGCAUCUAUCCCAUACAAUAAAUGCAAGGGAAGAUGGAUGUGUGAAUGUCAGGUUGCACAACACGGAUUCCGAGAUCCUAGUUUUAUCCCAGGAAACUUUAUCAUCUUCAACCAGGACGAGUUCGCCGUUCUCUUCAUCGAGCUAGCGUCCAUAUCUCUUUUCAGAAGAGUCACUCCAGAACUCACAAGGGGGCUCUAGACCAUGAAGGAACUAAAGAUCAUGAGUGGACUCUAGAUCAUUUGUGGACUCUAGAUCAUGAUCGUUGACUCUAGAUCAUGAGUGGACACUAGAUCAUGAGUGGACACUAGAUCAUGUGGAGACUCUAGAUCAUGAGUGUUCUCUAGAUCAUGAGUGGACUCUAGAUCAUGUGGAGACUCUAGAUCAGGAGUGUUCUCAAGAUCAUGAGUGGACUCUAGAUCAUAAAUAUUCUCUAGAUCAUGAGUGGACUCUAGAUUAUGAGUGGACUCUAGAUCAUGAUUGGACACAGAUCAUGAUUGGACACAGAUCAUGAGUGGACUCUAGAUCAUGAGUGGACACUAGAUCAUGAGUGGACUCUAGAUCAUGAGUGGACCUAAGAUCACAAACAAUAUAAAGAUCAUAGUGAACUUGAGACAAAUAACUUGAAGUGACUCCUUGAUGACAAAACUUUAAAACUAACUCUAAAAGUAUCGUGGACAUGAUAAGAGCAUAUAAAUUGCUGAAAUUACGAAACAUUUCGCGCAAAUUUGCGUACGGUGAAAAUGUUGCUUAAAUUAUCAACUUAAAUCAUUUGAGGCUUGUACGUACAGUUCACAUACAAUCGUGCAUAAUGUAUUAUGUAUAAUACAAACAAAGGAAUUCAGUCUUUGCCACAAACCCUGAUUUUAUAAUCCCUAUUUCUUUGC